UUCGCCUCUUGAGAAAAACAAAACUUGUAUCUGUCAUCGAACUGUGGCGUCCAGAGUGUGUAAAAAAAUACACACACAUACACACACACACACGCAAUACUCUUUCAUUAGGAAGUAUUUCCAAUCGGCGGUUUAACUGACAGCUCAACCAGAGAAGUACAACUGCGGUGCACCUAGUUUCGCAUUAACAGUGUAUUCAAGGAGAUUUCACGAUCACCUACGACGCUGAUCAGAACGGAGGCGAUCAAAUUUAAAACAAACCAUGCCACUGUAUCCGAAAUUGCCGCCCACGUCUUCAUCUGGCGCAUCAAAUUCUUCAAAUUCUACCACACCUAGACAGCAGUCUAGCUCAUGGUCGGGCAUACGACCGGUCGCAGAUAAUACUCCUGCAGUUCCAAUGGUCAUGCCACGAGUCAGCCGUUUACCCGUAUCUCCGGGUGUCCCCACAAAUAUUCGAUUCUUGUCAUCCACAAGUGGUCAAUCAAGCACGUCUGAAUCAGGCAAAACAACUUCUUCUAAAGACUCGACUGGUCUCAAGAUCCGAAUCCCUAGAGAUCUUCCCAAUCUCCCUGAUGCAUUCCGAACAAAAGGAAACCUACGGCCAGUGCCUCCGCCAUCACGGUCUUCACGCAAACCAGCAACAUCGCCUACUAUUGGUCGUUCACGUUCCAUUGCAAGUGAACCAUUAUUUCAAACAAAGUUAAUGUUUCAGAGCCGUGGCGGAUCUGUCGAUAAUAGCAAGCGGACUCAUACAGAUAUGAUUACUGAAGACUCAAAAGGCUUGAAAAGUUACAUGAUGCUCGAACCAAAGGGAAGUCUCAACAAAAAGUUCAAGCCAGUAAAGUCGGAGUCGAUGACACCGGGUGUAGCUAAAGUAAACCCGAGUGGCUCUGUAUCUCGACCUUUUACUACUCAAGCAUCCAAGCCGUUGCCUGUUCCCAGCUCCAUUCCAAGAGCGACACCUAUAAUUCCUCAAAAUCCACCAGUAGAGACUCCAAUUUCAUCAUCAUCCGUCAAUACUACGUCUAUCGGCCUUAAUCUCAAACAUACAGCAGAGAAAUCCACGCCUACUGGUCCACCAGCUAAGCGACCCCGUGGUACGAAUGGAUCUCGAGCUGGAUCACCUAUACCAGUGUCGGUACGAGCAAUACUCCCAAAGCCGAACUCCCCUGCCAGCAGAGUUGCUGUUGAUGAUGAGAAUGCAAUGAAAGUGUCAAGACCGGCACCUAUGGACGUAGAACGUCCAUCCGAGCCGAUCGUUGCUAUCGAUAGCACUAGUACCCUUGGUGCCGGCCCAGGAACUGUAGAGCCAACUAAGACUUCAUCAGAAACCACCGCUCUAGAUACUCUUAAUCCAGAGCCCCUCAGCGUUAAUACAGUCACUGCCUCUAAUUAUCUGCAUGACCCCAAUAUUCCAUCGAACGCAAUGAUUGAAGACGCGGCUAAACAAGCUAGCACGCACUCUGACCCGGGUGUAGCAAGUGUUUCUACUCCAGAUCCAAUGAUAACGGUCUCCGAGUCUGGUAAAGGGAUACGGUCGACUGAUCUCGGAACAACUGACAUUGCAGCCAAGGGUCUCAGUCCACGCAGAGAGGAAAGCACAUCAACCUCAAUUGUACCUGAAACCAUACCCAGUUCAACGGAACCCAUCCUGACAAGUCUUGAGUUUUUGCGCCUAGGCACUACAGUCUUGAAUCGAAUUUUGAGCAACCCUGUUUGCCACUAUUUUAUCAACAAAGUGCCCCUCGUCAUGACAAAAUACCACGCAGUUAUCAAAAAGCCUGUGGACCUGAGCCUGAUUGAAUGCAAACUUUGGCGAACUGUCUUAAAAGUCCCAGCUGUGUCCGAAGGCGAGAUGCCAUCCACACUACGCGCUGCCAGGAGCUAUGUUGGUGACGAUGUAUUGGAAGAAGGAUACUCAGGUUACAAAGACUUUGAGGAUGACCUGAAGCAAAUAUAUCAGAAUGCAGUCGUUUUUAAUCCUCCGCAUAGCACAGUCUACAAGGAGGCACAGGCAUUCCAGGAGCUCUUUGUUACCGUGCUUCAAGCAAUUCGUGACAAUAUCAUUAUUCCGCCACCUCAGGUCCCCCAAGAGAUGUAUACGCCCUCAUUGGCUUCCCUGUCUAAGCCGGGGUAUGUGAUAACACGCUCAUUACUGCAGGCAUUGUGAAUGUUUGAAUAGAUUAUGAUGUUUUUAUUGCUUUCUAGCAUCGCCAAUACCCAUUAUUGAGUUCAAAAUUACUACAUGAUCUCAUUUAGGCCACUCUAUCUUUUUCGAACGCAUAACGUCCGUGAGAUGGAUCG